AUGACGGAAGUACAGGAAGUACAGGAAGUACAGGAAGUACAGGAAGUACAGGAAGUACAGGAAGUACAGGAAGUACAGGAAGUACAGGAAGUACAGGAAGUACAGGAAGUACAGGAAGUACAGGAAGUACAGGAAGUACAGGAAGUACAGGAAGUACAGGAAGUACAGGAAGUACAGGAAGUACAGGAAGUACAGGAAGUACAGGAAGUACAGGAAGUACAGGAAUUACAGAAAGUACAUGAAGUACAGGAUGUACAGAACGUACAGGAAGUAGGAAGUACAGGAAGUACAGGAAGUACAGGACGUACAGGAAGUACAGGAAGUACAGGAAGUACAGGAAGUACAGGAAGUACAGGAAGUACAGGAAGUACAGGAAGUACAGGAAGUACAGGAAGUACAGGAAGUACAGGAAGUACAGGAAGUACAGGAAGUACAGGAAGUACAGGAAGUACAGGAAGUACACGAAGUACAAGAAGUACAGGAAGUACAGGAAGUACAGGAAGUACAGGAAGUACAGGAAGUACAGGAAAUACAGGAAGAACCGUUCUUUGGUCUCUAAGUCUAAUUUCUUUAACAAUGUGA